AUGGUCUGCCAACCCGAUUAUGCAGCUCUGACUCCUGAUCGCCAUACUCAAGCUCAAUCAGAUAGCGGCGGAAAUGCGAAACCUUUGAAGAAGAAGCGCAAGAAGCAACCCGCCUCCAAGUACAAGCCACCCGCAAGCUUGUUCAAGGCUCUGCAGAGUAAGGCAAGUCUCGACACAGUCCCCGACAACGACAACGACAACGACGGAAACACCGCUUCACCCAACACCAUUGUCGAUCGUGCUCGCUCGACUCCGUCCGAGGUCUUCGUCUUUGACAACAAGAAAGCCUACGGCAAGGCCCGCGCACUCUUCUCUGUCGGCUACUCUUCUGCGGGUGCCGAGAAGCCAGAAGAUGCCAACGUCAAAGCCACGCUCCGCUGGAACGAGCUCGUGUCUCUCCUCACGUCUGCGCCGAUCUCAUGCGAGUUUCUACCCAUGAAAGGUGUGGCCGUCAAGGUGUUUCGCCCGGCAAGAAAUGGUCUCGAGGCCCGCAGGGCCACUCUCCACAAGCUACACGGUCGCAAUCCCCGCUGCGAGCGAGAGGUCAUCGAAAAUUACGCCACAACGUUCAAGCUGGCUUUUGGCUGGCAGAAGGACAGUUUCGUUCUGGGUAAGAGUGUUGAGGGCGCAGAUACGGCGAACCCUGAAGCCAAAUCCUCGGACGAGGAUAGAUUGGGAGAUCCUCUGCCAAUCGAUGUUGACAGCAUUUGA